AAAGAACUUACCUUAGACCCAAUACCAAUUGGUGAGUGUUGUUGGUAUUGGGUCUCAGGAUAAGGUCUUUGCAUACUCUGAAAGACUAUUUAACCUAAUCACACGAGGAAGGGCUUCGUGUGUUGGCUAGCAAACGAAAACUAGUGACCGUAAAACCCACCUAUGAUAAGAAAGAAGAAGUUUGCCACAUAAAACCUCUGGACGGAAGGAAAAACACUACACGAAGAAUCUUCUCCUGGACUGCACGCCAACAAGGACUCACCCAGCGUGUAAACGGUGGAGGGAAAGAAGACGAAUAGAAUACCAAAAUCCUACUUCUGGACUGCACGCCAACAAGGACUCACCCAGCUUGUGAACGGUUUAACGAAGCCCGCCACAUCAGGCUCCAGGACGGGCCUCUUCACCGCCACCUGCAUAAUUUCCAAAAAGAGAUGUCGGCUGAAGUCCAUAUGCUUGGUGCGACCUUCUGUCACCGUCAGCACUCCGGUCAUGUCUACUUGCUGAGACUCGUUUAGUGGGCGCGAUGCUGGCAGGCCAUGGAAGAGGUAUGAGAGGCGUCUGGUUUGCCGUGGGCGUUGUCACAGGCCUAUUUUGCUCCUGCGGGCUUUUCCUCUACACGACAACCACCUCUCCCCACCUCACGGCCCACUCCAUCCCGUUGUUGGCUGAGGACACAGUGUGGGGGGAGGAACCACGGCCCCCGAGAGAUGACGAGGACUGGGGGAAGAUCAACUGCACGGUACCGGAGAGGAGGAACAUGGACGACUUCUACGACUACAUCGACCGCCGUGAACUGCAGUGCCACAAGCCGGUGAUGAGCGGGGGCUACAUCUUGACGGGGACCACCCUCCUGAUGGGGGAGAAGUGGGUCUGCAUGGACAACAGGUUCAACAUAACGCCAGGCCGCUGCCUCGCCCUCUCCUUCGGCAUCGCAGACGACUUUAGCUUCGACGAUGACAUGGACAAACGCUUUAACUGUACGGUGCACUCCUUCGACCCCACCAUCAGGACGCCAACCCACCGCCGCUCCGCCAACGUCAUGUUUCACAACCUUGGAAUAGCGAACUCGGACCGGGAGCAGAACAACAUGACGAUGGCGCGCUACACCACGAUCCUCCAGAAGCUGCAGCUCGAGCGCUCCGUCAUCGACUACCUCAAGAUCGACGUGGAGGGCUUCGAGGUGGAGUUCUUCAGCGACGUCAUCAGGAACACGCCCAACCUGCUCAAGAACGUCAAGCAGAUCGGAAUGGAGAUACACGCGCAGACACGUGUUCCGUUGCGACGAGAGCUCCUGUGGAUGUACUUCGGCUUCCUGAGGUGCUAUGGGUUCAAGGUCAUGUUCAGCGAGAUCAACCCCGUUAAGAGACUGAGGUUCGAGGUACGAGGGCAAGAACGUUCCUCCUGCUACGAGGUGGUUUGGGCGAGGGAGAAGCAGUGGUGAGGGGCGUCCUGCAGGGUGGGGAGUGUGCCCGGUGGCGACAGUGGGCACUUCGACCUCUCUGUCCUUGACGAGCAGAGCAUGGUGACUUCUUUCUUCUCCUUUGCUGUAUAGCUGCAACAAUAAACUAUCAAUCAAUUUGGUAGCACAGUAUGGGAGGGACUUUGACAUGAAGAUUAGCAAUGAGAAAAGUCAGGUGAUAAUGGCAAAUGCAGAGGAGAUAACAUAGGCUGCAGAGAUUCGUACAAAUACCCAUAGGAAUCCUAGCUGACAAGAGUGGGCCAGAUAGAACGAAGGACAGACUCUCUAGGGCAAACCAGUGGGUGGGAAGGCAGGGGAGUGUGGCGAGAAGAGCUAACAGAUACGAGGUGGUUAGAGGGAUAUGGAAGGUCAGGUGAUGAGAAGGGGCGAGGAAUAUGUUGAAAGAAGAGUAACCGACAGGGAGGUGCAGGAUAGGCAGAACAGGCAGACCGAAGAGGAGAUGGAUGGGCAGCGUGAGGGGGAGAGGAUGGAGUUCUAAGGCGGAGCUGCGUGGAGACUGUCAGAAACGUCGACCCCGGUAUAGAAAUAAGGCCUUGAUAGAAACGAGAAAUAAGACGCAGCAGAAGAAUAAGAAGAGGGAUAUGGAAGGGCAUGGCGUGGUCGUGCAGAAAUUGGCCCAAAUAUUCCCAGACGGAUGAUUCUUUGUGAUUUUGUCUUGCUUGGAUGUGUUCGUUAUUUAAGCUGAUAGUCACAAAGUGUUUCCCUGGUGUCUGUGUGAUAUGUUAGAGCCGAAUAUGACCCCGUGAACGAUAGUAAAGCAGGAAAUUUGUUUAUUGUUAAUUGAUUUAUCUUAGACCAAUAAGCUUAAGAUAUGUAGCUCUAUAAUAUCCCAAUGUUCGCUACUCUGAUUAAGGUUUGCUCCCCCCUACAGUUGGUACCUACUGAGCUCGACCUGCCAUUUGGUGUCUGUCUUGGAACCGGAAAAAAAAUCAUGCAUGCGGACUUUGUCACAAGAAAAGUGUCCAUUAUAUCCUGCUGUAGGUUUUGGUGGUGAGAACUUCCUGAAGGAGUGUAACCUAUAGUGCUGCCAAGUGGAAACCCCGCUGGAAUGUUCUCUUGUUUAGCCCAAUAAGUGGAAAGAGAAUGGAUAUGGAUCUGGAUCUGGAUAAUAAUGCGCAGGGCACCCGUAUACUGUUCUAUACUGUCCAAACCCCUUAUGCAAGAGUCAACCAGCAUCUUCACUCUUUCAUCCCUCACGCUGGUAAACUCUGGAACAAUCUUCCUUCGUCUGUAUUUCCUCCUGCCUACGAUUUGAACUCUUUCAAGAGGAGGGUAUCGGGACACCUCUCCUCCCGAAACUGUAA